GCGGAGUAGGCUUAUUUGGGUGAAACCUCAACAGGUGCAAAGACAUAAGCUGUCUCAGCUUGCCCAGAACUUGGAUGCUUUUUCAUACGGCGCUAUGAAGUGUGUGCAUGCGAUAUUGCAAAGUGACGGACGUCAUCGUAUUUAUUUAACAGGUGCUGUAUUCUUACUACUAGCACUUGGAAAUGUUUCUGGAAGUCCUGAACAUGAGGUUUCUAAACAUGGACAAUUCUCAAGUGGCGCUGCAUAUCUGUUAGAUGACCUAUGUUCACAGCUUCCGGAUGGUGCUUACCCGGACUACAAUCAAGCUUGUCGUGUAUUCUUCAUUUGCUCGGGCGGAAGAAGAGCUGCAACAUUCUGGUGCACAAAGGGUUUUGUUUUCAGCCUGGCUGCCGGACACUGUGAACCACCCGAUAAAGCUCUUUGCCCUGACCCGAAAAACCCGUCAGUUCUCGAUGAGAUUCUUCAUCCACACGGCGAGAUUGUAUCGGAUCAAUGCCUUCAAGGAGAUGGCGUCUAUCCAAAUUUCGUGGAUGGCUGUUCUUCAUUUUUCAUCUGUAGAGGAGGAGUGAAAACAACUUUUAAAUGUCCAGCUGCAUCUACAUUUGACUGGAGAACCAAAUCUUGUCGCUCGUCAAACAGUCUAUCUUGUGACGUUUUAUCAUGCAAAGAUAAGGAAGACGGAAUUUAUGUUGAUUCAACUAGCUAUUGCAAACGCUAUUUCGAAUGCCGCUCUGGAAAUAUUUCAGAAUUUAUGUGCCCAGAGGGUACUAUAUACAAUGCAAGACACCACAGAUGUUCGAAAAGCUCUGUUACCAGAUGCCACGGCUCUGAAUCUGCUCAGUGUUCUGGUAUACCCGAUGGAUAUUAUCCUGAUUUUGCAGCUGACUGUAAAGUUUUUGGUUUGUGCAUGAAUGGAGGUUUGAAAACAUUUAACUGCCCUGCGAAUACAUUAUUUGAUUCUAAAACGCUUACCUGUGAACCUGACGCUUAUUGUCCUAAACCAAAUAUAAGUAAAUGUACGGGAAAGGCAAAUGGAAUUCAUCCGGAUUAUAAUUCUGGGUGCAGAGAUUUUUUCUUAUGCUUAGACGGAUUGCUGACACAUCAAGGAUCUUGUCCUCAGGGUAAACUUCUCAAUCCAAGUAAUGGCAACUGCCAGCCAUCUUCUUUAGUCGUGUGUUCUUCUAUAGUAGAUACAGACUGUGAUGGAAUGCCAGAUGGGAUUUAUCCCAAUUAUGACACUGGUUGUUCAGCUUACUACAUUUGCUUAAAUCAAAAGAGAGUAUCAAUAUCUUAUUGUCCAGGUACAGAAUUGUACGAUGUGGCCACAGGAAGAUGUCUUCCCUCUAGUUACGUUUUAUGCCGUGAUCAUUCUUCUGUGGCAUCACCACCCAGAUUAUUUGAUUCAUAUAACUGCGACAACCGUCUGGGAAUAUUUCCUGAAUUUUCCAGCGAUUGCCGGAGAUAUGCAAUUUGCGCUUACGGUCAAACAAAAUACUAUGAAUGUUCAGAAGGCCUGUGGUUUGAUCCAGAAAGUAAUUCUUGCCAAAGUAAUAAAAAUAAGUGCAAGACUCCAUUUGCCGUUGCAACAUUUCAAUGUCUUCCAGGGGAUGACGGAAUAUACAUAGGUUCUAACUGUUCUGAGUGGCAUGAAUGCAGAAAUGGCGUAGGAUUUACCAACAUAUGUCCUCCAGGAAUGCAGUAUCAUAUAGGUUACAGUAAAUGUAUUGAAAGCGCUGAUAUAUGCAACACAAAUUACACUGUUCAACGAAGAAUGUUUCGUUCUCCAGCUGUUCGUGUUUCAGAAGUGAAAGAUUCUGACUAUAAUUGCAUUUCAGUGUCAAAUGGAAUUUAUCCUGAUGCUUUAUCUUGCCGCAAAUUUCAUUUUUGCGUUGAUGAAAAAAGCACAUCUUUUUAUUGUCCGUCUAAUUUUACAUUUGAUGCUGAAGAACAACAAUGUAUUUCAGCUCAUGAUGGUAACAUGUGUGAAAAAUUUCGUUCCAAGCGUUUGGAGACCAUCAAUGUAGUUUUCAGCUGCGAACAUCUUGAUGAUGGUAUGUAUGCUGAUUUCACUGCUGACUGCAGACGAUAUUUUGUGUGUGAAAAUGGAAACGCAAUUCCGGUUUAUUGUCCAGAAAGACAGAAAUUUAAUUCCAUGAAAAUGAUAUGCGACCGAGAAGAUGCCGUGCAUUGCAUGCCAUCUGGACACAUUUCGACCGCUUCACCGCAGAAAAAGCAAUUUAGACAGCACGAUGACACAUAUCAUGUCUACAGGCCUGAAGAACUUUACACUGAAACUUACAGCUACGUUCCAGUAAGAAAUCAGCAGGUAACUAAACCAUCUGAUUUCAAACAUAGAUGGAAUGAUUACGAAAAUCCCUAUUUAGAAGAAGUUCCAAAAUCUACAGAUAAUCAAGAUAUAAUACAUAAUUCAAGAGUUCCAAAUACAAUCCAUAAUGAAUCUACAAAUAAACGGCCGUAUUCUUCAAAGCAUCACAGUUCUAAAGCCGUCAUUUCAACUACGAUAUCCUAUGAUGAAGCACCAGACCAGGCUUUCACAUCUGUGGACGACCGCUCUGUAAAACUGCACCAAGUAAGAAUGCAGAGUCGAGAUUUUGAUGCAGCUUGCAGGAAAGGAGAUACGGGAUUUUUUCCAGAUUAUGAAAGUGGAUGCAAAAAAUUUCAUAUUUGUUUCAGAGCAAUACGAAAAACAUACAGCUGUCCAAGCGUUCUGCUUUUUAAUCCGGAAACUAAAAACUGUGACUUACCAGAAAAUGUUGUUUGUGUAAGGCCUGAGCCUGUGCUUGAGACUACAUUUGAUUGCGAUGGAAAAGUAAAUUAUUUUAUGCCCGAUUAUGGCAGUGGGUGCAAGAGUUACAUUGGAUGCAUAAACAACUUACCGUACAGAUUUAUUUGUCCUAAAGGGAAGAUAUUUAGUUCAGUUACAUCGAUUUGCGAGUCUGAAACACCUUAUCAGUGCGAAUACCCGGAGGAAUAUAAUUCUACAAAAUAUGGUUCAUAUGAUGAAAAUGCUGAUAAAGGGCCAUCAUUGAGACAUGUUCAUGGAAUACCCGGACGCUUCUAUUUCGUUUGUACCGACAAACCUGACGGAUUUUAUCCAGAUUACACUCGUCAUUGCCAUGUCUUCUAUAGGUGUGUUAGAGGCAAAAAGUUCUCUCACUACUGCAAGCAAGGUUUACUUUUCAAUCCCGAAUCUGGCAUUUGUGAUUUCGAAGAAAAUGUGGCUUGUUCUGCAGUUAACAGGACUAUAUCGAACUAGGUAUCUUGAUCACAUAACCGUUCAGAAGCAUGAACAGUAAAAACUAUUAAUCUGCUGAAUGAUUUUUUGUUAGAUCAAGAAAGGAACUUAAGAGAAAAUUGUCUUAAAGCUUUAUGAAGUUACUUUAGUAGUUACCAUGUAAUGAUAUUUUCAAACUAUGGCAGUUAUAUUUUUAUCACCCUGUGACAUUCUCAUGAUAAUAAUUAUAAUAUACUCUCACUUCAAAAUGCACUUUGUACAUUGAUAAUCGUAAUGAUAACCGCGGGUCGGUAAAAUAUUUAACCUUUUGUAUGUAACUAUGUCCAAGAAAGCAAUAUUGGAUGUAAAUAUGUAUUUGAUGUACCGCUGGUCGGCUGAGUACUUAUAUAUAGCACAUUUAAAUGUUAUAUAAAUAUACAUGUAUAUUA